GACGGCCAGAGUGGACUCCAUUAUCUCGAAACCCUGAGUUUGGGUGACUUUACUUGGACGAGUUCUUUUGGGAUUUAUUUUUUCCAUGUUAGAAUUAAAUUCAUGAUAUAAAUAGGAGAAUAUAUCAGGUGUUGAAAUAUCGGACGUUUGAGUGGUUCUCUUUGGAUUUGGGUUUGUGUAUUUGUGAAGGAUGGCACUGGACGGGAUACGAAUGCCCGAUGGCUGCUACGCCGACGGCACUUGGGAACUGAAGAUGCAUGUAACGGACCUUCACCGAGACGUAUCUCUGAGAGUUACCGGUGAAAUUCACAUUGGUGGAGUCAUGCUUAAACUCGUGGAAAAACUCGAUGUGAAGAAGGACUGGUCAGACCAUGCGCUCUGGUGGGAGAAGAAGAAAACUUGGCUGUUGAAGACUCACUGGACGUUGGAUAAAUACGGCAUCCAGGCAGACGCAAGGCUACUUUUCACUCCUCAGCACAAGCUGCUGCGUCUGCAGCUGCCCAACAUGAAACACAUGAGGGUCAAGGUCAACUUCUCUGACCGUGUCUUCAAGGCUGUCUCAGACAUCUGCAAGACCUUCAAUAUUCGUCACCCUGAGGAACUCUCUCUCCUGCGCAAGCCCCGUGACCCCAAAAAGAAGAAAAAAAAGUUGGAGGAGACAGAGGAAGAUGCCCUGGAGUUGGAGGGCCCACUUCUCACACCUGGAUCAGGGAGCAUCUACUCCAGUCCUGGACUCUAUAGCAAGACUAUGACUCCCACAUAUGACUCACGAGAUGGGAGCCCCUUGUCCCCGACCUCUGCCUGGUUUGGAGACAGCCCCUUGUCUGAAGGAAACCCCAGCAUCCUUGCUGUCAGCCAACCGAUCUCUUCUCCAGACAUUUUGGCCAAACUUUAUAAACCCCAGACUCCUCUGGACAAAGCUAAAAUCAACCAAGGGUGGCUAGACUCCUCCAGGUCUCUGAUGGAACAGGAUGUGAAAGAGAAUGACGUUUUGCUCUUGCGAUUUAAGUAUUACAGCUUUUUUGACCUGAACCCCAAGUACGAUGCCAUCCGGGUGAACCAGCUGUAUGAACAGGCCAAAUGGGCCAUUCUCCUGGAGGAAAUAGAGUGCACAGAGGAGGAGAUGAUGAUGUUUGCUGCCCUGCAGUAUCACAUCGACAAGCUGUCCAUCAUGUCUUCAGACAAUCACAUGAAUAACAGUGAGAAAGAGGUGGAUGAGGUGGAUGCUGCGCUGUCGGAUUUGGAAAUCACCCUGGAGGGAGGAAAGACAUCCAACACACUGGGCGAUAUCACAUCCAUUCCUGAACUGGCUGACUAUAUAAAAAUUUUGAAGCCCAAGAAAUUGACCCUGAAAGUCUAUAAGCCAUACUGGUGUACAUUCAAGGACAUCACAAUCUCUUGCUACAAGAGCCGUGAGGAAGCCCAUGGCACACCAGUUCACCAGAUGAAUCUAAGAGGCUGUGAGGUGACACCAGAUGUCAACAUCUCAGGUCAGAAAUUCAGCAUCAGGUUGCUAAUCCCAGUAGCUGAUGGCAUGAAUGAGAUUUGGCUGCGGUGUGACACUGAGAAACAGUAUGCCCACUGGAUGGCGGCCUGUCGUUUGGCGUCUAAAGGAAAAACAAUGGCAGACAGCUCUUACAAUCUUGAGGUCCAGAAUAUUCUGUCCUUCCUCAAGAUGCAGCACAUGAACCCUGACCCGCAGUUAAUUGCCGAGCCAAUCACAACUGACAUCAACCCUGAGUGUCUGGUGUCACCAAGAUACCUGAAAAAAUACAAGAACAAACAGCCAGGCUAUGUAAGAGACUUGAUCUCAGCCCGGAUCCUGGAGGCCCAUCAGAACGUGGCUCAGAUGAGUCUUAUUGAGGCCAAGAUGCGUUUCAUCCAGGCAUGGCAGUCGUUGCCAGAAUUUGGAAUAACUCACUUCCUCGCCAAGUUCCAAGGAGGAAAGAAAGACGAGUUGAUCGGGAUCACCUACAACCGUUUGAUCCGCGUGGAUGCUCAUACGAGAGAUGCUAUCAAAACCUGGAGGUUCAGCAACAUGAAGCAAUGGAACGUCAAUUGGGAAAUCAAGAUGGUGACGGUCGAGUUUGCCGAUGAACCCAGUUUGUCGUUCAUCUGUGCGGAGGUGGACUGCAAGGUGGUGCACGAGUUCAUCGGGGGCUACAUCUUCCUGUCCACGCGUGCCAAGGACCAGAACGAGUCUCUCGACGAAGAAAUGUUCUACAAGCUGACUAGCGGAUGGGUGUGAGCACACACUCCUCCCAACACCAGUGGGACAGAGGGAGGGCAGGGGGAGAGGAGAGAAGGGUGAAGCGGUUGGGGGGGGGGGGCGGUGUUUGUCUUUUUUCCCCCCAUUUUCUUGUCUUUAUUUUUCAGCCAUGCCAAGAGUCUGACGUGGCACGCUAGGAUUGUUUUGGAAGCUGACACUAUUUGCAAAAUGACUUGUUUUUUUUCUUUGUUAUUGCUGACAAAUGCAUUUAGAACACUAAUUAGUCCAGACUGACUUCUGCAAACGAGGUUCACGCUUCUCCACCUGAGGCUUGUCCGAGAAUGUUUCAUGAAACACACAACACAACUACUUUAAUGGGCGGCAGUCCUGCCUGUCGCUUUCCCAGAAUGCUCUGGGGCCAAUGACAUAGGGACGUCUAUCGCCCCGUUCUCUUUGUCAGUAGAAUCCAUGUAAUGUUAAAAACAAAACAACAAAAAAAACCCACAGUGUGACCUUCCACCGUGCAUGACUAUAGUCAAGCUUUUCUCACCAAGAGCAUCCAGUUAUUUAUUCAUCACUCACAAUUGUUACAUUUCUUUCUGUCAUUUUUUUGGGGGGGGGGGGGCAUUGGGGAUGAGGGUAGGGGGGCUGUGUUCUGGCUCUCUUGGUGCUCAUAUGCGUUGUCGAUUCUGUGUCAUUUUUUCCGUGCCUCUUCACUGUGAUUGACUACGAGUGUCAUGCUGCCUUUGAUUAGACCUGUCCCAGACGAUACCAUCGCCAUGUGAAUUAGAAAUACACAUGCUCCUUUAGUGUUUAGCACCAACCUAACCCAGGGAAUCUUGGCAACACAUGUAAUGUUGCUACACCAGAGAGACGAGAAAGCAGUGGAAGGCUAGAGCUGCACAGUUUGUCAAGCAGGCAAUACAAUCACUGUGAGAAGUUGGUUGUAUAGAACACAAACAACAACAACAGCAACGAUGAAAAAAAAAACCAGAAUACUACUUUUUAUUUUCAUCAGUCCAAAUGAAGUAUGGUGAAAGCACUUGAAUGAAGGUCCCUACAUGAAAUAAGCUGUAGUUUAGAGGCAUUUUGUUGUUUGACUGUGUACUCUAUGGCAAGGAUGUUUUUUGUAAUUCGAUGUAGACAAACGUAAAAUAUUACAAA